AUGGGAGAGCAUGGCAUAUGGCCCUCUGGAUAUGCGGUUGCUCAAUUCCCGAAGAUGCUUUCUGUUUUUCGGAAAGUGUGGGCCCCCACAACAUUUUGCGUAUCAUUCAGGUUGGAGACAGACAAAGAGAUUCUUUUAGAGAGGGCAGAUGCAGCUAUGAAAAGGUACAAAAUGAAUGCGGUUGUUGCAAAUGAGCUGUCAAGUCGUAAAGAGGUGGUAAUACUUGUCACCAACUCUGAGAAAGUCUCGGUGUAUCAUGACAACAAAGACUCAGAUGUUGAAUCUCCCUUGAUCAGCCGACUCGUAGACAAACAUUCGGCACACAUCUCAUCAUCUCAUGAAUACUACUAAACUUUGUUUCUCAUAAAAAUUUCAACAUAGAAAUCUUUAUUUAACUGUAUAAUGAGGAUAGCGAUGUCGUUAUUAUGUUUGGGAUGUUUUUUCCAACUUUAUUUUUACUUAACAUUUGAAGCAACAUGUAAAGUUACUCUUUCUUUUGUAACUUAAUACCCAUGAAAAGAAUCUAAUCUCGAUGAAAAGUUGGGUGG